AUGCUACUUCAUCAACUUGUGCUUUUGACAUCUGUUCACAUUUUUUCUUGUCAGAAAUUGCAAGUGAAAGAUGUCACAUCUGGAAAAACUUCGCUGACUUUCGUUUUUGAUAUCACUGGAUCAAUGUUUGACGAUCUUCUACAAGUGCGAGAAGGAGCGAGAGAAAUCUUCCAAACAGUGUUGCAGCAAAGGGACAAACUUAUUCACAAUUACAUCCUAGUUCCAUUCCAUGAUCCAUAUUUGGGCAAAAUCAUCAAUACCACUGAUGCUGCAUAUUUCAUGCACCAGCUCGCUGAAGUUCACGUUCAUGGUGGCGGCGACUGUCCAGAGAAGACACUUACUGGUGUGUUGUAG